AGACUGGUUUAACAGUUGGUAGUGUUCAGUGGUGAGCAGUGUACACAGUCUGUGUGUGCAUUCAGACUGCACUGCCUUGUAGAAACUAAGGUAUGUUGUAGCCUUUGUAGUGUCUGGUACUAUACUGAAAGAGUAAGAAGUAAAACAGGCAGAUAUAUGGCAAAGUAACAGUGUGUGUGCAUGGUGUGGGGAACUUUAUAUCAAAUUUGACGGUUGUGCUUUAAAAGUGUGCCUCGGAUUUGUGUGUUAAAUUCUUUCUGAUAGCUGUUUGCAGUUUUACCUACUCCCAGAAGGACGAGAUUACAGCAUUGUCUCAGCUUUACGAACAGAACGGAUGCAAAGGAUGUGAAUAUAACAUACAUGCACCGCGGAAUAACUUUAUCGAGUUGAACUUUACCCGCAUCUUUGGCUUCCUGUCUCAAUCUUCCAUGACAGCGGGUAAUUCGAAGUCUGAGGAAACACAAAAUAACGACAAUUCAGAUGCUUGUCUCCCUCCAGAACUUGUGUUAAAUGAGCAGGGUACCGACCAUUACGAACAAAAACGCAAUCUUAUCUGGAAAAUUUGCAAAACUUCACAUAGUCUGCGAUUGCCGCAAGUCUUUCAUUCGAAGUUGAACGUUGUAAAAAUAUCUUUUACAUGGGUGGAAAAUCAUUCCAGUGGAUUUACUUUGGAGUUUGACUUUCACCAUUUUAAUUCUUCAUGCGCCCAUAUCUGUGAUGACCAAAAAUGCCUGUUCAACAACCAAGUGUGUAACGGGCAGACGGAUUGUUUGGACAAAUCAGAUGAGCAAAAGUGUCACACAGAAUUUCAGAGCACUGGUGCUUCACAAAGUGUGAGUGAUGUACAGCUGAUCCAGCCCCUUGUGAUCCUCCUCAGUCUGGUUUUAAUGCCCGGCCUGCUCCUCCUCCUUUGCGUGGUCAGCCCCUGCCCGCUGGCUUCACGAAUGUGGCCGCGGCGUCGCCAGAGCAACAGAGAAAGAACAUUAGAACAUAGUCACCUGCAGCCUGAGCGCAAGUCUUCUGAGGUUGUGUAUGUACCGACGCCUUCUCCAAGUCGCGAGCUGCUCCUACAGCACCAGAUCUCACAGACACAGCAGCCCUGGGGCUUUCCCGCCCGUGCCACGCCCUGUUACCAGGGAAACAUGCUCGACCUGCCGCCCCAGAUCCCGAUCUCAAAGGACGGGGAAGAGGGAUAUAUAGAAAGUCAAAAACAGUUGAUAAAAAACAAACGGAAGUUCAUCAAUGAUCAACUUGUCCGGCCUCCUCCGAAUAAGACUGUUCACGAUCGGGAGAGUCCGCCCCCGUAUUGUUCAAAAACGACGAGCUUAGAAAAUGUAGGUAACCCUGGAAACACUAGAAUAGUUAGAGACAUGGAUGGGUGUCCGCGAGUCCAGCGCUGCUUUAGCAUGUCAGUCAAUGAACGAACGACACCUACGUCCGCAAACGGACAUAAAGACACGUCAAAGUAUGGUCAAAAACCUACAGUUGCAAACACUAAUAAUAGGACUUUGUCUACAAAUUUGAGAACGGAAGAUUGUCCUGUGCGAACUGUAAGACAUAGUUUUACACCAAAUAUUCAAUCAGACAGACCGCCAGACUAUGAAGUCUUUUGUUCUAGUGAUAAUAAUAAUCAACGUAGUUUACAUGUGGAUUCCGUAUGAUAGGGCAACAGAGAUGGGCAAUGUGCCCUCGUGUAUGUAUAUAAUGUGCUUUCAAAGACAAGAGUGAGUGCUAGCGAAGUUGUGCAUCGCCACCAGCAGGUCCCUGUCGCUUCCAAAGCAUUUGGGGCUCUGGUGUUGAAGAUAGUAAAUUAUACAACAAAUUAUAUAGAUAAAUAUAUAUUAUAUUAUAUGUACACUAACACUGUCAGAUGUGAUAGGCCAAAGGAAUUACCCUCGGGCCCUGCGCUGCUAUCUAGUGGAUAUGAGUCACUCCCUGUAAAAAGGUGGUUUAAUGCAUGUGCGUAAAUUGUCCUACCAGAUUAGCCUGUGAAGUCCGCACAUUCUAAUCCGACGACACUAUCCGCUUAAACUAGACUUUCUUUAAACCCAAAAUAUUAUAAAAGCGGAAAGUGUGUUGCCUGAAGAGCCUGUGCUGACUGCGCAGGCUUAUCUUGGACGACAGCACAUGCAUCAAGCCCCAUUCUCUUAGAGCAAUGCUCAGAUAUUUUACAAAAUCGCUGUUGAUUGUUAUGUUGCUUCUGAAUAUAUCAACAAAUUUGGACUUGGCGUUGUUUACGUCGUCGGUCUCGGAUAUCUGAUCGUCCGAUUCCUGCAUGCUUGACUGACUGGGGAAUACGUAGCCAUUUCAUCGGGAAAAGAGCACAAAGCAUCAUGGUCAAACCGUUUUUACUUAAAAUCUUCACCUAGGGCAAAUAUUUGUGUAUGAAAACAUGUGUUGUUGUUUUGUUUUAAUUUUUUGUAAUCAAUGCAGGUGCCAAGAUAAGUGAUGUAGUGAGUGCGAGCAAAUUUGUAUGUCCCCCAGUCUAUACUUGGGGACAUAUUGUUUCUGCACUGUCUGUUUGUUGGUUUGUUUGCAUCAAACUUUAAUAUUAACCAUAACUUUUGCAAUAUUGAAGAUAGCAAUUUGAUAUUUGGCAUGCAUGUGUAGCUCAUGGAGCGGUACAUUUUGAGUGGUGAAUGGUGAAGGUCAUCCUUCAAGGUCAAAUAUAUGGGGGGGGGGGGAAACACAAUUUUUUUUUUAGUUUGUAGCUUUUGCAGAACACUCAAGACUGAAUGGCUUCAUGCUUGUCACUGUUGAUAUUACUGUAUUUUUUGCUAACAAGCAAAUUUCUGCAUAUUUCUUAAGUUCAAGAAACUAAUGUUAAGCUGUUUCAAUUCUGUCACCCUCACAGAAUUAUUUUUGUGACCUGUUUAAUUUUGUCCUAUUGUUUGAAAUACAUUUUAGUGUUUACUUCUAGUUAUUUAUUACAUAUUUAUAUACUUGUGUAAGUUAAACUGUUGCAGUUAAUUUGUUAUAUUUUGUUAGGCGACCAAUUACAAGCUACAAAGUUUUGUCAGCAUUAUUUAAGACUAAAUUAUUCAAUGCUUUAAUUCAAACGCAAUUAUCAGCCAUUCAGUAAAAUGGUUCAGAUGCUUUCAUAAUAUGUAGCUCUCUUGAGGCUGUCAUUUGUGUUUGAAUUCCGAAUGGUGUCUUAUAUUGUCAACGUGGAUCAUUUGUGACAGUCAUUGUUGAACAUUUUGUAUUAUGCAUGAUGUUCUCAUAAUAUGCUCUUCAGCUGUUGUGAUAUUUCAUUUUUUGCAUCCGCUUACAUCUUCUUAAGACAUUUCGUUUAUUAAAGGACUCUUAAUACAUCAUAUAAGAACAUGAAAUGAUAAGUAUACAAUGAAAUAAUCAUAUAGAUUAUAUAAUUAAAAUAAAACAGGACAUGUAAAAAAAAAAAGGAAAACGAUUUAUUCAUGCCAUCAAUAACUAAAAAUGUUUGAAAUGAUCAAGCUUCUGUAAGUAAUUGAGCUUUGCUUUAUGAAAACUGGGCUUAAUACAUUGUCCCAGACUAUCUUGUGCAGUUUGCACAGGCUUAUCAUGGAAGAUACUUUCCGCUUGUAUGGAAUUUUCUGUUUUAAGAAAGUCUGUUUUGAGUGAAAAUUCUGUCUAGAAGAAUGCGCAGAGCACAGGCUAAUCUUGGACAACACUUUAUGGACAUGAAUUAAGCCCUGUAUUCAAAGAGCCCAGCUCAAUUAUUGUCCAUGGCUUGCACAUUAAUAAGACAGGUAGAAUGCAAGGGUAUAUUACUCCUAUAUAUAUUUGUGGACAAAGUCUCUUAGUUGUAUUUUUAAAGACAACAGAAUGUUGGUCUGCAUGUUAGUUCUAGUGCUCAGUUCUUUCCCUGAUUCAUCUAUUCAUCAUUAUGUUCUAAAAUGAUAUGUGCAACAUGUCUUUUGUUAAGUUGCCAAUAAAAUCAACUGGAAAAGAAGUUCUAAAUGUGUAAUUUGUAGUUUGAAUUGAUAUGUGGUAUAAAUAUUUUUUUCCCACACUGAUGCCCAUAAGACCUGUGUCUUGCAAAAAUGGGUCUUAUGCUGAAUAUGCUGCCAACAUUGCUUCAGCCCAGCUUAACCGGAAACCUUGCUUGACCGUAAAGCUUGCGACAAGCCUGCGCUGGCUGGGUAUUACAUAAGACUCAUUAGACUGCGCUGGCAGGGUAUUACAUAAGACCCAUUAGACUGAGCUGGCUGGGUAUUAUAUAAGACCCAUUAGACUGCGCUGGCAGGGUAUUACAUAAGACCCAUUAGACUGCGCUGGCAGGGUAUUACAUAAGACCCAUUAGACUGCGCUGGCAGGGUAUUACAUAAGACCCAUUAGACUGCGCUGGCAGGGUAUUACAUAAGACCCAUAUGACUGCGCUGGCAGGGUAUUGCAUAAGACCCAUUAGACUGCACUGGCAGGGUAUUACUUAAGACCCAUUAGACUACGCUGGCUGGGUAUUACAUAAGACCCAUUAGACUGCGCUGGCUGGGUAUUACAUAAGACCCAUUCGACUGCCCUGGCAGGGUAUUACAUAAGACCCAUUAGACUGCACUGGCUGGGUAUUACAUAAGACCCAUUAGACUGCACUGGCUGGGUAUUACAUAAGACCCAUUAGACUGUGCUGGCGGGGUAUUACAUAAGACCCAUUAGACUGCGCUGGCUGGGUAUUACAUAAGACCCAUGAGACUGCGCUGGCUGGGUUUUACAUAAGACCCAUAAGACUGCGCUGGCAGUGUAUUACAUAAGACCCAUUUUCGCAUGAUGCCGCUUAAAUCUUCAACAGUAUGGCUUACACCGUUUUACUUUUAUUCAUGUGCAUAGUAACUGGAAAAAAAAUGUUUAUACAGGUAAUCAACGCAAAAGAGAAAAUUAUUUCUUUAAAUAUUUGAUACAAAUGCUGAAUUUUUUAAUUGUUUAUGUUGACUUUUUAUGCCCCCCUUCGAAGAAGAGGGGGGAUAUUGUUUUGCACAUGUCGGUUGGUCGGUAGGUCCGUCCACCAGAUGGUUUCCGGAUGGUAACUCAAGAACGCUUAGGCCUAGGAUCAUGAAACUUCAUAGGUACAUUGAUCAUGACUGGCAGAUGACCCCUAUUGAUUUUAAGGUCACUAGGUCAAAGGUCAAUGUCACAGUGACUCUAAAUAGUAAAAUGGUUUCGGGAUGAUAACUCAAGAAUGCUUAGGCCUAGGAUCAUGAAACUUCAUAGGCACAUUGAUCAUGACUGGCAGAUGACCCCUAUUGAUUUUUAGGUCACAAUGUCAAAGGUCAAGCUCACAAUGACCCGAAAUAGUAAAAUGUUUUUCGGAUGAUAACUCAAGGAUGCUUACGCCUAGGAUAAUGAAACUUUAUAGGUACAUUGAUCAUGACUGGCAAAUAAUCCCUAUUGAUUUUCAGGUCACUUAGUCAAAGGUCAAGGUCACAGUGACUCGAAACAGUAAAAUGGUUUCCGGAUGAUAACUCAAGAAUGCUUGGGCCUAGGAUCAUGAAACUUCAUAGGUACAUUGAUCAUGACUGGCAGAUGACCCCUAUUGAUUUUCAGGUCACUAGGUCAAAGGUCAAGGUCACAGUGACUCAAAACAGUAAAAUGGUUUUUGGAUGAUUACUCAAGAAUGCUUACGCCUAGGAUUAUUACACUGCAUAGGAACAUUGAUCAUGACUUGCAGAUGACCCCAAUUGAUUUUCAGGUCACUAGGUCAAAGGUCAAGGUCACAGUGACUCUAAACUGUAAAAUGGUUUCCGGAUGAUAACUCAAGAAUUAUUAGGCCUAGAAUCAUGAAACUUCAUAGGUACAUUGAUCAUGACUUGCAGAUGACCCCAAUUGAUUUUCAGGUCACUAGGUCAAAGGUCAAGGUCACAGUGACAAAAAACGUAUUCACACAAUGGCUGCCACUACAACUGACAGCCCGUAUGGGGGACAUGCAUGUUUUACAAACAGCCCUUGUUUUAUCUUUGCUGUAAUUUUAUUGCUAUUGAUAAAUGCUUCUCACUGAGACACAAAUGAGGAAUAAUAAAAAGUCUGAUUGUAAUUAAUAUCAACAUAUUCUCAAUAUAGGAUUGACUCUUUUUACUCAAUCCUUUAUCCCAUACAUAAGCCUGGUUUAAAAGAGGACUGAAUUCUAUUCACUGACAUCGAGGAUCAGGUAACAUAUGCUUACUUUGCAUUUAAGAAACUAUUAUGUGUUAAUGCAUGAAAGCUGUAGUUUACUAAAUCUCAUAGGUCAAGCAGGCAUUACCUUUGUAAGCUGAAGAAAUUCCCCUACCCCCACCCACUCUCCCUUCACUUGCCAAUAUAAGGUCUAAAUAGCCUUGUCCUGUGAAAACUAGACUUCAUGCAUGGCAAAAAGUGUUGUCAAAGAUUAGCCUGUGUGGUCUAUUUAUUAACCCUUUCAGUGCGGAAACCGAAUUUUGAAGGCCUUUGCAAACAGUUUAGAUCCUGAUGAGACGCAACAGAACGUGGCGUCUCAUCAGGAUCCAAACUGUUUGAUAUUCUGAUAGUAUUCUUUGAAAAAAAUCGAAGUAAAUGCUAAUUUUAGAAAUUCAGCAGACGACAUUUUAGCAGACAAAAAAUUUCCCAGCAUGCAAAGGGUUAAAUCCAUACAAGCAGACUGUGCAGGCUAAUCUGGGAUGUCACUUUACGCACAUGCAUUUUACCCUGUUUAUAAGGCCAUAUGGUUUAAUGAUCCACCCCUAACUACUGCCAUGCCCCUUUUUCCUGUCAUCUAUGUCACCAUGACACUAGGCCAGGUCCACACAAGGUGUUGUCUUGGAUCCUGUAGCAUCAAAGUCUUCCCACCAAUAACAAAUUACUGUUCUGUUGAAAAAUAUAUAUGUCCAUUCCCAUUUUUUUCCAGAAGUAAUCAACUUGUUGAAUAUUAAAAAGGAAAGGAGUUAAAUAUGUGAAAUAUUUAAAGGAAAGGAGUUGUAUAACUGGUAUUAAUUAUAUGUUAAAUAGUAGAUAUUGGUUGUAGUAGUGCUUUUUUGAACACCGUAUCAUAAAUAACAUAAACAUACGCCUUGCUCUGGGAUAAUGGGGUUAAACACAAUUUUGUAAAGUGUUGUUCCAGAUUAGUACGUGCAGUCCACACAGGCUUAUCAGGGAUGACACUUUCUGUUUUUAACAAGGUUUUCCGAAGGAAAAACUGGUUAUUAGAUUGGCAAUGCUGGCGGGCGGAACAAGCUUGUCCAAGCCAUAACUUUUUCGUUCAUUGUCGGAUUUUAAAAUCAUUUGGCACAUUUGUUCACCAUCAUUAGACGGUGUGUCGCGCAAAAGAAUAACGUCGAUAUCUCCAAGGUCAAGGUCACACUUUGAGUUAAAAGGUCAAAAAUGGCCAUAAAUGAGCUUGUCCGAGCCAUAACUUUGUCAUUCAUUGUGAGAUAUUAAAAUCGUUUGGCACAUUUGUUCACCAUCAUGGGACAGUGUGUGGCAUGAAAGAAUUACGUCAAUAUCUCCAAGGUCAAGGUCGCCAAAACUAAUAAUAGGGGGCUAAUUAUAAAUAAUCAAUUAGUUUGAGUUGUCUCCCUUUAUCAGACUUUUUUUCACAUUGAAAACCUGGUUUUGUGACAAUUUUUGUCCCUUGUUAUGUUCUUUUCUGAAAGGCAGUCUCUUCUUCGUGAAAAUCCAGUUAAGUCAGAAAGUGUCUUCACUGAAUAACGUGUGCAGUCAGCACAGACUUAUCUGGGAUGACAUUCACUACACAUGCAUUAAGUAUUCAAGUUUUCCCAAAGGGAGGCUCAUAGGAUCUUAAACGAGACUAAUCCAAGAUGUCCCUAAUUGUUUAGUAAACUAGUCUGCAGGACAGUGGCUAUUAGAUAGCCCGACAUUGUUCAUUCUGAGAAAACAGACAUUUUGAACUGACUGAGAUGUACACCUUACAAAGGUAGUGUCAUUGUGAAACUUAAGUCAGUUGGAAUGUUCUGUCAAACUUCAUUCAUAUGAUCAUGAGUAUAGGUUUUCAUGUGAGGAUAUUCAAAUGUGAUCUGCUUGUGAACAGUCGAAGGGGCGGGUGUGGGGUUAAAUGACUGCAGUGUUACAUGGUUAAAUGACUUCAGUGUAACAUUGUUAAAUGACUGCAGUGUAACAUGGUUAUAUGACUGCAGUGUAACAUGGUUAAUCAACUGCAUUUUAACAUGGUUAAAUGACUGCAGUGUAACAUGGUUAAAUGACUUCAGUGUAACAUUGUUAAAUGACUGCAGUGUAACAUGGUUAUAUGACUGCAGUGUAACAUGGUUAAUCAACUGCAUUUUAACAUAGUUAAAUGACGGCAGUGUAACAUGGUUAAAUGACUACAGUGUAACGUGGUUACAUGACUGCAAUGUAACAUGGUUAAAUGACUGCAGUGUAACAUGAUUAAAUGACUGCAGUGUAACGUGGUUAAAUGACUGCAGUAUGAUGAUUAAAUGACUGCAGUGUAACAUGGUUAAAUGACUGCAGUGUAACAUGGUUAAAUGACAACAGUGUAACAUGGUUAAAUGACUGCAGUGUAACAUGGUUAAAUGACUGCUUUGUAAAGGCAUGUGAAAUAUUGUUAGCAUGUGAAAUAUACACAGUAAACUGAUUGUUAAGUUUCUGACAUCCAAUUUAAUAGUGGUUGUGGUGUACUGAAUACAAGGCAUUAAAAUUGGCUGACUCGUCACAUUCAUAUUUUUCAAAUUUCAUAAUUAAUGCUUUAAAGCCCUGGUUGCGUGUUUAUAUGGAAAUAGCCUGGUGUUUGUAUAAUUGUUUUUGAAAAUGCAGAAAAUAUUGUGAUGCUGAAUUUAUUCAAACAUUGACUGAAGACUAUGAAAGGGGUCUUUGAUUUAUUCAAUAGAAAAUAAUUUUUCUUUGCUCACCUGAGCACGUUGUGCUCAUGGAGAGCUUUUGUGAUCCCUUUUUGUCCGUCGUCUGUUGUGUGUUGUGCGCCGUCAACAUUUGCCUGUUAACUCUCUAGAGGCCACAUUUAUUGUCCAAUCUUGAUGAAAUAUGGUCAGGAGAUUGGUUUCAAUGAUAUCUUGGAUGAGUCAGAAUAGUUACGUUUGCUUGAAAAACAUGGCUGCCAAGGGGCGGGGCAUUUUUCCUUAUAUGGUUAUAUAUGGUUAUAGUAAAAUCUUGUUAACACUCUAGAGGCCACAUUAAUUGUCUGAUCUUCAUAAAACUUGGUUAGAAGAUUCAUCCCAAUAAUAUCUUGGAUGAGUUCUAAAAUGAUGCCGGUUGGUUGAAAAACAUGGCCGCCAGGGGGCGGGUCAUUUUUCCUUAUAUGGCUAUAGUAAAACCUUGUUAACACUCUAGAGGCCACAUUUAUUUUCCAAUCUUCUUGAAACUUAUUCAGAAGAUUGGUCUUAAUGAUAUCUUGGAUGAGUUCGAAAAUAAUUAUGUUUGCUUGAAAAAAAUGGCUUCCAAGGUGCGGGGCAUUUUUCCUUAUAUGGCUAUAGUAAAAUCUUGUUAACACUCUAGAGGCCACAUUUACUGUCCGAUCUUCAUGAAACUUGGUCAGAAGAUUCAUCCUGAUAAUAUCUUGGACAAGUUCAAAAAUGAUGCCAGUUGGUUGAAAAACAUGGCUGCCAGGGGGUGGGGCAUUUUUCCUUAUAUGGCUAUAGUAAAACCUUGUUAAUACUCUAGAGGCCACAUUUAUUUUCCGAUCUUCGUGAAAUUUGGUCAGAAGAUUUGUCCCAAUAAAAUCUUGUUAUCUCAGGUGAGGGACUUUGGGCCUUUCAGGCCCUCUUGUUGAAGAAACUUCAUCUAUUUUAACAUUCUAGUUUGUUUGAAUAUGAUAAGUUUUUAUAUACUAGUAUCAGAAAUGAAUUUGCAAAAAUUAAUGUAUGUUUUUUGGAUCAUGUUAUGAACAAUAUAAGAAUAACUUAUAUUUUUGAUGAUAAGUUGUUGAUUUGUUAUUCUUUUUGCCAUUGUUCUUAUAUGAUGACUGCAUCAGCUAAGAUAUUUAGUUAGAAAUCUUUUUUAAAUAUGGUAAACACUAUUCAAUUACAGUAAGAAUUUAUGUUUUUUUCUUAUUCAACUAGAAAAACAUUGAAUCACCUGUAGUUGUAGUUUUAAGCAUUAAGCAAACAUGCCCCAAGGUGAUCUGUAUUUUUGCUUGAUCUUUCCCAGAUAUUGUAAGAUUUUUCAGACAGCAGUGUCCCUUUACCACUUAAAUAUUUAUUUUUACGCAUUUGUUAUCCCUUAGAAAAAUUAAUUUAAGACCUUUUUUACUUAAUUUAAGUUUUAAAGGCUUCAUCUCCAACCCUAAGAUACUGAUAAGCAGCAAACAGAAUAAAACCUGAACAGACUGCAAGUCACUCGCAGGCUGUUCUGGAUUAAUGCAUGUUGCAAAGGCCAUUUUCACUUUGCUGCUUAUGGGGGAAAGGGUUAAUAUGCAGAUCAGUGCAGCUUUAAAUGUAGCCAUUCACUGUAUUUGUUGCCUUGAAUUACAUUAUUAAGAAUGAAUGGUACACUAUGGAUAUUCAUGUUUACUUGCGUUAAAUCCUGAUGAACAUGAUUGACAGAAUAAACAUUUUUUGUUAAUUUUGUGUCUUAGGUAUAUGAAUAUUUCAAGGCAUUGUAUUUUAUGUCUUAGGUAUAUGAAUAUUUCAAGGCAUUGUAUUUAAAAAAUGAGUCUCGCUCUGCAAAAAAGGGGUUUAAUGCAUUUUGCAAAGCUAUGUUUCAUAUUAGCCUGUGCAGUCUGCACUGGCUCAUCUCAGGCAGCACUUUCCCCAUGUAUGGAAUUUUUUGUCAAGCAAAAAUCCAGUUUAGAUGGAAAGUGAAGUCCGUAAUUAGCCACUUAAUUAUAACUUAAUUUGUUAUGUUACAGAUUAUUUUGUUAAAUGAUCAUCAACUAACAAUGUUAUUCUUUUAUUUUGCUUUCCUUGGGCAUUAUUAAUUUUUAUAUUGCACUAAAACUAUUUCAUUAUUGUUAUCAGUAGCAAAAUUUUAUAAAUAUUGUACUUAGUGUGUGAAAUGGUAUCCAUUUACUAUUUUUUUCUUGCUGGCAAAAUUUAAGAAUGUUUAUGUUAGAUUUCUCAUCUGUUUAUGAAGACAGUACACCCUAUUUGGAAUUCAACUUAUAACUAGUUUCAAUCUUUUACUGUUAAGUGAUCUUGUGUCGCAUGAAUUUUCGCAUUCUGAAAAAAUAUGAGAUUCACUUUUCAUUUUCAUAAAAAGCGUACAUGGUGUUUGAAUCAUACUCUUAACUGUUCCUAAAUGUGCAGCUAUUCUCAACUCUUUUCUAUGAGAGCAAUGGGCAAAUGAUUGGUGGUGUUUGCGUUAGGAAGUGCUUGGUUUUUUUACUUGUCACUGACUGUAUAUCAGUGUUUUAUUUAUUUUUUGUCAUGUGUAAUGACAAAAUUUUGCAAGUUAUAGUUACUUUUUUCAUUACGUUUAUUACAGUUUUCAUUUGUUUGGAAAAUAAUGUAUAAUUUUAUCUGUUAAUCUGAACAAAUGAUAUUUUAAAUAUUGCGAUAUGAGCAAUGUUGCCAAUUAUUUGUUAAAUUAACUUUGCCCAAUGCAUGUUUUAGUCUGUAAAAGCAAAUCUUGAUGUCAUUGGUUCUUUUAGGUUUUUGUAAGCUGAAGUAAAGGUACUUGUUCUACGCAACUUAUUUAUUAUACACGUUAGAAUUUAGCCUUGGUCUGGGAAAUAGGGGUGUAACACAUGUGUGUAAAGUGAUGUCCCAGAAAUAGGGGUGUAACACAUGUGUGUAAAGUGAUGUCCCAGGGGUGUACCACAUGUGUGUAAAGUGAUGUCCCAGGGGUGUAACACAUGUGUGUAAAGUGAUGUCCCAGGGGUGUAACACAUGUGUGUAAAGUGAUGUCCCAGGGGUGUAACACGUGUGUGUAAAGGGGUGUAACACAUGUGUGUAAAGUGAUGUCCCAGAUUAGUCUGUGCAGUCCACAAUGGUAAAUCAGGGACGACACUUUCUGACUGAAUUGCAUUAUAUGCUAAGAAGAAACUUCCUGUAAAUGGAAAAUACUACUAAUGCCGAAAGUGUCCACCCUGUUUAGCCUGUGCACAUUGCGUAGGCUAAUCUGAUACGACACUUUAAACACAUGCAUUACAAAUUUCUUUCCCAGAGCUAGGCUCAUUUAUUAUACACGUUAGAUUUCUAGUUCAGUUAUGUGUGUUUGUUUUUUUGUGGGAUGCUCAUUUUGUGCAGAAUUCAGGUUUAAACAGGUUGAGCCAUGUUGGUUUCUAACAUGCUUAUGGUUCACAUGUCCCUUGUUGCAUAAACAGAAAUAAUAAAAAAAAAAACAAUUGUCAAAUA